AUGGCCUUCCUUAUGUUAUACCCCGCCGUAGCUGUACUCUCUCUUUUUGUACUAUUGGUGAUUAUAUUGAUACUCAGAUUUGGGUAUUUAUGCAAACUUCGGCACACUGCCUUUGCUGAGCAGGAGUUUUGGAAUGAGGAAGUAGCUUAUGAACAGAAAGUGUCUUAUGCCUAGUUUUAAGCUUUUAUACUAGAUCUUAUUUACAUAUAAGUCACCUAUUUGGAAGUAUUGCAUAUUAAUUUUAAAGCACAAAAAAAUUAAAUAGUAAUUGCAAUAUUUUAGCUCUAUUAAAAAGUAAAUUUACAAGAAUAUUAAGGAUAUCAAAAUAAAAUGGUUUUUUACUUGUAACACUAGAUGUUGAGAUGAUGAGACUUAUGUAAUUCAUCUAAACUUGAUCAGUACUUAACAUUCUAAUGCUUCCAGUAUGGAUCAACCUACAGAUUAAAGAAAUUUUUUAAAGCUGAUCAUUAAUUUUUUAUCCUCAUCACAAUUUAUUAUAGUUCUAGGUACAUACAUUAUUUUUACUUGUAAGGUUAGAUGAUCUUAUGUAAUUUCACUAUACUUCAUCAAUAUUUGACAUUAUGAUGUAUCCAGUAUCGACUUUAAAUAAAGAACUGAUUUAGAAUCUCAAAUUUAGAAUUACUCUGAGUAUCCAACUAUAAGAAACUCAACUAUAACAGUACAUUGGACAUAUAAUCAAGUUUCUUAUGGUUGUUUCUUGACAGUUAACUUUCAGAAACUACAGUGGUUAAUAAAAAAAAUAACUUUUAUGUAGACUAGAUUGAAUUUAUGCCGUCCAUUUAGCCUAGUUAUUAGUCGUAAAUGACGUAUAUGUUUCGUAACUGAAAUAUAAUUAUAUACAAAAUUGA